GCUCCGCCCUUUCUCCCGCCCUUCGCCCCGCCUCAUGGCCGCCUCGCUCGCUUCCUCGCUGGGCCAGUCACGGGCUGAGGUGGCAGCUCGCUCCCGGCUCCUUCCCUCGCUCGAGGCCCCGGUGGGCGUGAGGCGGCGGCGACGGUGGCAAGCGGCGCUCCUUCGCCUCAGCGAGCGGAGAAGAGGAGGAGGAUGAGGGGCUGCAGCAGCAGCGAGGCGCCUCGGCAGCGAGUCGCGCACUGAGCCGCCUCUCGACACACACCGACCGACCGACCGCCAUCCCGAGCGGGGCUUUUACCUCAGGGCGCUUCUUCCCGCGCCCGCCAGCAGAGGCCGCCGAAGAGGGCUGGCGGCGCCGGCUGCCCCAUGUCCCGCAAGGCCAAUGUGGAAUAUACCCUGAAGAGCCUCAGCAACCUGAUGGGGGAGAAGCGCCGACGGCGGCAGCAGCAGCAGCAGCAGCAGCCGGCGCCCGCCGCCGCCGAGGGCUCGGCUAGCCUGGGCGAGAGGAGCCUGCUGGCCGCCGCCGAGUCGUGCUCCAGCCUCCACAGCCAAGCGUCCGGCGGCGGCGGCGGCUGCUCGGACUUGGAGCGGGCGGCCCGGCGGCAGUUCCAGCGGGACGAGACGCCCAGCUUCGUGUACGUGGCGUCGGUCUUCUCGGCGCUGGGCGGCUUCCUCUUCGGCUACGACACGGGCGUGGUGUCCGGGGCGCUGCUGCUGCUCAAGAAGGAGCUGCACCUGGACGCCUUCUGGCAGGAGCUGCUGGUCUCCAGCACCGUGGGCGCCGCCGCCCUCUCGGCGCUGCUGGGCGGCGUCCUCAACGGCUGGUGCGGCCGGAGAGCCUGCAUCCUGCUGGCCAGCGGCAUCUUCACGGCCGGGGCAGCCGUGCUGGCGGCCGCGCAGGACAAGGAGACGCUGCUGGCCGGGCGCGUCGUGGUGGGGCUGGGCAUAGGUAUUGCUUCUAUGACAGUCCCAGUAUACAUUGCAGAAGUUGCUCCACCUCAUCUAAGAGGCAGAUUAGUUACUAUAAACACACUCUUCAUCACAGGAGGACAGUUCUUUGCAAGCGUUAUAGAUGGAGCCUUCAGUUAUCUUCCAAAGGAUGGAUGGAGAUAUAUGUUGGGCCUCUCGGCAGUUCCAGCUGUAAUACAGUUUUUUGGCUUCCUCUUUCUUCCUGAAAGCCCCCGUUGGCUUAUUCAAAAAGGACAGACUCAAAAGGCACGAAGAAUCCUGUCUCUGAUGCGGGGUAAUCAAACAAUAGAUGAAGAAUAUGAUAGCAUCAAGAAUAACAUAGAAGAGGAAGAAAAAGAAGUUGGUGCAGCUGGACCUGUGAUCUGCAGAAUGCUGACCUAUCCUCCAACUCGAAGAGAGUUAAUAGUGGGCUGUGGUCUACAAAUGUUCCAGCAACUGGCAGGUAUUAACACAGUCAUGUAUUACAGUGCCACCAUUAUGCAGAUGUCCGGUGUUCAAGAUGACCGGCUUGCAAUUUGGCUUGCUGCAGUGACAGCAUUUACUAAUUUCAUUUUCACUCUUGUUGGAGUCUGGCUUGUUGAGAAAGUGGGCCGGCGAAAACUCACCCUCGGAAGCUUAGCAGGCACUACAGUUGCACUUCUUAUUUUAGCUUUUGGAUUUUUGCUGUCAGCUCAGGUUUCACCACAAGUCACUCUUAAUCCCGAAGGCCCUUCAGGUCAAAAUUCUACCUGCACAAAAUACAGUUACUGUAAUGGGUGCAUGCUGGAUCCAAUUUGUGGCUUUUGCUACAAACUAAACAAGUCAAGUGUUGUGGAGUCCUCCUGUGUCCCUGUCGAUAGGAAGUCUACAAUGGAAGCAGCCUGGGGCAGAUGUUCAAAUGAGACCAGACUCAAAACUGAAGAGACAUAUUGGGCAUAUAACUUCUGCCCUACACCAUAUUCUUGGACAGCGCUUGUGGGACUUAUUUUAUACCUGGUUUUCUUUGCACCAGGAAUGGGACCAAUGCCAUGGACAGUAAAUUCUGAAAUAUACCCCCUUUGGGCUAGAAGUACAGGAAAUGCCUGUUCUUCCGGCGUGAACUGGAUUUUCAAUGUCCUAGUGUCACUUACAUUUCUGCACACAGCUGAAUAUCUGACGUACUAUGGAGCAUUCUUCCUUUAUGCGGGAUUUGCUUUUGUGGGACUCAUUUUCCUCUACGGCUGCCUUCCUGAGACGAAAGGGAAGAAACUGGAGGAAAUUGAAUGCUUAUUUGAGAACUCACUGUGUACAUGUGGCAUUUCAGAUUCAGAUGACGGGAGGUAUAUUGAAUAUAUCCGGGUGAAGGGAAGUAAUUACCAUCUUUCUGACAAUGAUGCUUCUGAUGUGGAAUGAUUUUCAGCUGCUGGUAUAUUUAAUCAAGCCGGGGUGUUGUUGUUUUUGGCAGGGGUGGUGGUGAAGGAGCUGUUCUUGAUGACCUCACUGCCCUGCUUCUGGUCUGGUUCUCCUUUCUACUGUCUUAUCCAGCUUCACUUUCCUGUUCCAAACCAUGCCAUUUGAGACGAAUACAGCAAAACAGGACACUGAUCUUUCAAUUAGUCAAAAAGGGACAAUUGUGAGGGGGAGGGAAUUAUUCUGGGAGGAUACAAACAUUCCAGGUGGGCGUAUGUCUGAGGUCUUAGAAAUGACGAUACCAAACUCAAUUGAUGAUAUACCAUGCAUUUUUGUCCCACUUGAAAAAAGUGAAAAAGAACAGCUAGUCAGAAACCAAAUGAAUCAUUAAAGUACGGUUACCUGGCAACCGAGGGUUGAUACAAAAGUGCUCAGCCUCUUACAAAACAAGCGGGAGAGAGAGAGAGAAAUCGGCUGCCUGCUGUGGAAAUUGUAAUUUAAUAUUAUUACCGUAUUUUUUGCACCAUAACACUCACUUUUUU